AUGGGUCAAUCCAUGUCAAGCGAUUUCGAGAGCUUCAACAACUUACCACCUGAGCUUCGGCUGAUGAUUUGGGAAGAAGCUAUUCCGAAGAAAAAGGACACACAUGCGGCCUACAAGAUCUUCCACGACGCCUUCUUACGUGGUCUGCGGUUUAAAAAGCCAGAGGAUGCAGAUGGACCUCGGCCCCUCCUGGAGGCAUGCUACGAUGCUCGUGCAGUGGCAAUGAAGGGUGGAUCGUACAUGACUGUCAAGGACAAAAGAUCUCGAAUAUUCUGCAAAACACUCAGAGGAAUUUUCGAAAAGAGAUACCAUUCCGUUUGGAUUGAUAGUAGCAUUACAACUUUGCACGUACCAAUCGCUGCACUGACAUGUGGACGCAUCACCAAUUUACCAACCAGCAUCCAGGCUAUUGCUUGUAUGGUGCCUACGCCAAAGGGACUCGAAGCCUUGCAAAAUUGCCUCACCCAUGAUCCAGAGUACAAAGGUAUCAAGACCGUGUACCUUGGGAUUGCUGGUAUACCCAUCAACUAUAGCAACGGCGACGACCCAGACUGUUAUCCCUGCACGGAAUCAGAGUCAGCCGUUGUCCCGCUUGACGAUGAGAAGUUGAUCACAUAUCUUGCAUCGGCUUAUAAAGUCCACGUCUCUACGGCGAUCGGUGAUGGUGUGAUUCGUGAGGACGCAUUCCAUCGCAAAAGCGGACUGAGGUUCAAGAAGAGCCUCGAAAAGGACUGGACAUAUCAGCAGAACUUGCGCUCGAAAUGGGACCCCAAGAAUGGCGUCAGGUUACUCCCGGCUGUUAUAUUCGGACAAAAGACGAGGCCAGUAGUACUCUGCACUAGUGGUCGUCUCCGUGGCGCUGCCCUUAAGCUUCAGGUGGGUUGGCGUAUGGCCCAGGCUGACCUUAUGUGGAUGGAUGCGUUUGCCUAUGACAACGGAGCUGGUAAUGAGGACAACCUCAAUGAGCUUCCGUAUCAGAGGCGGGUCCGAAGGGCGGUUCGCAGCGAGAAGGAUAUGCUCCGGGACUUUCACUGGUCACCACACAAUGCCGAAGGAGAGAAAAGAUGGACUGCGUACUUGAGGUAG